CUGGGCGAUUGUUGACGUUGUUUUAAAUAGACUGUGAAUAUUCAAUCAAAUACCUUGAGAUUUGUGCUGUAGUUUAUUUUUUAAAAUUGUUUAAAGUGUUUUAAUUUGAGUGCAUCUCUUCUGUCGUUAUAGUACUUUGAAGACAAUGCUGCGCAAAAUUUUCAACCCUGCAAGACUGUCACGGUUCCAGCGAACGAUGGUAACUGUUUCGUCGAGCGAUGCCCUCGUGAGCACUGAAGUGGACGACAAAACGGGCUACGCUACGGUUACGUUGAACAGAGCUCCGGUGAACAGCCUCAGCUUGGAGUUGAUGACCGAAAUCGUUAAAACCGUUGACGAACUGGAGCGAUCGAAUAUAAGAGGAAUGGUGUUGACGUCCUUUUCAAACAAGGUGUUCUGCGCUGGUUUGGACAUCAUGGAGAUGGUUAAUCCUGACCUUGACCGUCUACGAGCCGUUUGGACAAGGCUACAGGAUACAUGGGCGAGCUUGUAUGGAACAUCGUUUCCGACUGUUGCCUUGAUCAAUGGACACGCUCCGGCUGGCGGUUGUUUGCUGGCUCUCUGCUGCGAAUACCGCGUUAUGUGUAACAAUUUCAAUAUUGGUCUCAACGAGACUCAGCUGGGGCUGGCCGUUCCACCGUGGCUGCAGGGAACAAUGAGGCAAACCAUUGGAACUCGGGAAGCUGAAAUUCAUUGCAUCAAGGGAACUAUGUUCAACUCACAGGAUGCCUUGAAGAUAGGUUUAGUGGACGAACUUGCUGCAGAAAAUGGGGAAGCAAUGCAAAGAGCAUUACAUUAUUUGAACACUUUCAAACAAAUGUCGCCUUACGCCAGAUCGGCAACGAAACUGUUAAUGCGAAAUAAGGAUAUUGAAGAUAUGAAGCGAGGCAGGAAGGAGGAUGUCGAACGGUUCGUCGAAAAUGUGAUGAAUUCCGAUUUCCAGAACGGAUUGACUGUUUACCUUCAGUCACUGAAGAAUCGUAAGAACAAAUGAAUGAAAUAGUUCUGAGGUUCUGCCUUUUCUUUUUAUUUUGAAUUUAUUCGAAACUCAUGCAUUUACGUGCUAUUUUUAUAUUACUACAGACAAUACAGAGAUUUGUACAAAAAUUAU